AUGACUCCCUCCGAAUAUUCAAAGAAGAUGUUAGAAGAUCCUCUCGUCAAGACACUCUUCGCUAAUUGGGAUGCCAAUCUCCGAAAAUCUUUCUACGGUGUGACCAGCGAUGGAGUUAGGAUAGAACAUCUCUAUCCUCUCCAAGAUGAGGGUGCUUCAACUUUUAAGGCUGUCGCCGCCGCAAAGCGCUUUCUGGAUUUGUUAACGCCCGAUGAGAAGCUGAAGGUCAGCAAUGAUUUGGAUAGCGAGGAUUGGAGAAAGUGGUCGAACACAGAAAUUAUCGCACAUGAUAUUGGCGUACGCCUCGAAUACCUAACACAGCCCAAGAUCGACGCUGUGUGGGAUAUAUUGAAACAAUCACUCAGUAAGGCUGGAUACUGUAAAGCCAAAGGAGCCGUCAAAACGAACAAAUUUCUCGGCGAAAUUUGCAACUCACGCCCGAUUCUGAAUGAAAACAGUUACUUUUUCCUUUUUUUCGGAGAGCCAUCAGAAAAGCAGCCAUGGGGCUAUUCAUUCUUCGGUCACCAUUUCUGCCUUAACGUGUUCUUUAUCGAGAAUCAGAUGACAAUCAUCGACUCGGGGCCGGACAAGGGAAUUGAACUCUUUGUCCCAGAAGCUGAAUUGGGACUGAAGCUGAUGCAGAGCCUCACUACCGAGCAGCAGUGUCAGGCGCGUAAAGAUAGCCGACUGGGCGACCAAAGCAUGGACUCGGACCGCUGGAAUAUAGUGGACCAACAACAUCUCGGGGGCACGUCGCAAGACAACCGGGUGAUCCCCUACGAAGGCUUGGUAGCGACGUCGCUGACGCCCGUCCUUCAAGACCUUCUCAUUUCUAUUGUCGCGGCCUUCGAGGACCUAUUGCCUCCCGUACCGCUAGCCCACCGGCUUCGAAUUGUUCGCCAUCAUCUCUCGGAGACAUACUUUACCUGGAUCGGCGGGUUUGGAGACGACGACCCAUUCUACUACCGUAUCCAAAGCCCUGUCGUCCUGGUUGAGUUCGACCAUCACACUGGCAUCUAUCUUACCAACCAGGAGCCAGGCAAAUACCAUAUUCAUACGAUUCGAAGGUUACCUAACGGAGGUGACUAUGGACGUGAGAUUAUCCGCCAGUGGAAGCAGAAACACCAGAAGCCAAAAAUACAGCGGUCGAGGUAUAUACGCCCAUUUGAUGAUAGCGCGAGAAUACACACUGGGUUCCCAUCUUACGACGUUCAAGUGCUCUCAAUACUAGAGAGCGGACUCUCCCUUGCCAGCCAUAUCGGCGAAGGAGGUUGCGGUCCGGGCCUUCACUAUCACCAAUCAGACCAGCUAUAUUUCUUACUACGCGGAACCAUGAACAUUCGCCUAGGCCACGAGGUGUAUGUAGUUUCCCCGGGAAGUCUGGUCUUCAUCCCUGCGGGCCUCGCGCACCGCAACUGGAACAACGGCCCCGGAACGGAGACACACCUUGAGAUGAUUAUCCCAGCGCCGUCGCCGCUGGCGCAGAUAGCUCUCAUGGUUAACACGCCUGACGACGUACCGAUGGGGCAUCGAACUGACCGCAAGGGAUACGUUCGCCGUGUUGAUCAAGCCCGCCUUACCGAAGCACUACCAGGAUUUUUUACUAUGGCACUAGCUGAUCCAUCAAGUGGAUCGGCCAACACUGUGGUGUACUAUGCUGAGACUUUACCAGGCAAGGGUGGGCCUGGAACCCAUGUGCACGACUUCGAUCAGUGCUAUUUUGUUCUCGAGGGGCAGUUAACAAUCGAGGUUUCAGUGGAAAAACAUGUUGUUGGGCCAGACACGCUGGUUCUGUUACCUGCGGGCGUACCGCACAGACAGUGCAAUGACGGUGACGUUGUCGAAAAGCACCUCUCAAUCCUGAGUCCGGUACCUGAGCAAGGUCUACCCUGGGACCGUGGCGUAACGCUGACCGUUAAUGGGAACAAUCAUUAUGGUACUCUCACCGCGGCUAGCGCUAUAGGUAAUGAGCGACCAAGCGCGAGCUAG